AUGUCGAUGCCAGAGUCAUCAACGCGCACUGCGCCUCAGCAGCAUCCGGGCAUCGACAAGCCGCUGCCCGGAGUGGCCCCGUCUGCAGUAAUGCGGCCCGACCUCGAUCAACGCAAGGACGAACUCAACGGCAGAGCGCAGGAUACCGCUCCACGCAUCUACGAACCGCAUACCAAACCCAGAGAGCUCUUCCUGCGCGUGCGCGUCCAGUCGAUAGAGAGGGCCAAGAAGGACCUCGUCGUCCGCAUCGAUGCGCUCACGAACCUGCCCCACUUCCGCGCAUCCUCCUAUCCGGGCGUCACUCGCUCCUACCGCGAGCUGUGCCUCUACGCACUCGCGCUCUCCCUCUCCAGCCCAGCCAUCAUCGUGCCUGCACUGCCGCUUCCUUCCACCACGGCCAGCGGCGUCGAAGAUACCCGCAUCCUGCGUCUCAUGCUCGCCAGAUGGUUCUCCCGCAUCCUCGCAGAACCUAGCCUCCGAGACCAUCCCGAGACACGCAACUUGGUCGAGGCCGACUUUGCCUACGCACCCACGCCACCCGGCACCGGCAGCUCCUCGGCCGCACGCAAACGCUUCGCCAACGCCAUGGCGAGCGCCGCCUCUGUCGCAUACGGCGGCGUCGAUGCUACAGGCGGCCUCCCCAACGGCGUCCUCGCCACCUCCGCAUCCGCAGGCUCGCGCAUCUCCAGCAGCGGAUUCAGCAUCCUCGGCCUCGGCACCAGCUCCAAGGGCCUCAGCACCUCCCGAAGCGUCUACGACGACGACGAGGAUCUCGUGGCUGCGCGCGCCGAAGUCACGCGCCUCGAGAUGCAGUUCGCCGACGCCGCCGAAGCGUCCGAAAAGCUCGCAAAUGCACGCCGCUCGCUCAACGUCGCGCUCUCGGAUCUGUCGGUCAAGCUGAGCAAUCUGGGUGCCGUCGAGGAGAUCCGUCCACCGUCUCUGCGUCUCGGCUUGCCCUACGUUCUCAAACGCACCGCCUACACCGCUCGCAGUCUAGGCGAGCUGCAAGAUGCGCUCAGCAACACGGAGCUGCUUACGCUGGGCGACGCAGUGGCGUAUCAGUCGAUCAACGCGCGUGCCGCCAAAGAGACCAUGCUUGCGCGCAAUGCGCUGGUGGAAGAGCACCACACCGCGCAAAAGGCGACGGUCAACAAGAAGCGCGAGGCGGAACAUCUCAAGAUGCAGCGCAAUCUCCGCGCGGAUCGCGUAGACGAUGCGCUCGAGGAGCUGCACGAGGCGCAGCGCCACGAACACGCGCUCGCUCAGCAUCUCAAACGCAUCAGCCACGAGCUGCACGCGAGUCUGCAGAGCCACUCUCGGCAUGCGCACCACGAUGUGCAGCAGGCGCUCAUCGAGCAUGCGCGCGGAAGCACCAUGUUUGCCAAGCAGAUGCUCAAGGAGAUGCAUGCGCUCAGCGCCGAGUUGGAUGCGUCGCGUCGAGGCGAGGCGAGCAAGGCGCACACUCCCGUACGACCCACCCAUACGCCACGCCAGAGCUCCGUGUCUAGACCGCCAUAUGCCAGCGUCGAUUCGGGAUGGAGCACGCCCACGGAAUCGCCAGCACAGCCACGGUCCGAGGUUGUCGAGCCAUCGCGGCCAUCGCUCGGGUCGCCCCGGGGUAGUGGACGUUCUGAAUCCAUGGCUCCCUCGCUGUCGGCUGAGUCCAACGCUUGGUCGCGCGCUCCAUCGUUGGAUGCACCAUCGAUGGCACAGUCCAUGCAUGCUGCCGCCAUCCCACCAUCAUCGCCAUCGCCAUCGCAGCGUGCGCCGCCAGUGGCCCAAUCCAUGUUCCUCGACCGUCCCACGCCCGCGCGCCCCAACCCUUUCGGCACGCUCAACUCCGGCAGCUCCGGCACCGCCAGUGGUCGCUCCCGCAUCUCGGCCGCUGACGCCGCACGCUCCCUAGCUGGAACCUUCUAA